AUGAAAAACCUGUUUAGCAAAGUAGAGAUAAGCUCCUCGUGCUGUCUAGGAAAGAAAGACAAAAAGGAUAUAAAUAAAAGCCUAGGUUACGAGCUAUUGGAGAAAAGCGAGGCAUAUAUGAUUCAUAAGUGCAAGAACAAGACGUCCCUGAUAUCUUUGAGAGGCAUGGCAAUUUUGUUCUGCUUUAACAAAAGAUACUUCCCUACUAUAAGAUAUCUUGAGGAGAAUGGGUCGAGAUACCAUGAAGUAUUUCUCGAUGAAGGAGCACUUGGACCUUUGUGUAGGGGUGCCGACAUUAUGAUUCCAGGGAUACUUAAGUACAAAGAUCUCAUAAAAGAGGAGUUUGGAGCAGGAGAUACCAUUAUUGUUCGAAUUAUUGGGAAAUCGAUUGCAGCCAUCGGAGAGGCUGUUAUGAGCUUGCAGGAGAUGAUGAGUAGGGGCAACGGAGUUGGAAUUGAAGUGUACCACAGAAUUGGAGACGAGUUAUAUUCUGGAGAGUGGGCUUAG